UGGGUAUUUGAGGAAGGGGUGUUGAAGGCGGGUACGAAGCUUUAGUAAAGAGGUGAGGUAUGGUGGUGCAUUGGGUGAGAUGGGUGGUACCGGAGAUUAUUGAAGGUAGGAAGAUGCUUGUUUCUGAUAUUGUGAAAAAGGUUUUCAGAUUGUGCUAGGAUUCGGGUGAGUAUGGUAGAAAGAGUGAUGAUUUGGGGCUUGUGGAAUGCGGUAAAGAUCGAGGGGAAAAUAUCUGUUUUAAUGCAGAAGCGUUGAAUUAAGUGUUGGGGAUAGGGGAAUGGGUCUUGUAUAGAAACUUGAGUGAUAGACUAGGGAUAUUGAAGUACACGUGUGUCGAUGUUUAUGGAAGUAGUAGAUCAAGUGGAAUUAGCCCUCAAGAGGGAUGGUGGUGGCAAACAGUUGCUUUUCGAAGAAGGGAUAUGUUGUGACACCAGAGAUUUUGUUUGUGAUCUAAGGACAGAAAAGUGGAUGGGUGAAGAGAAUCAGUAAUUGUGUGGCAGUUUAGGACUGAGUUGAGUGAUGCCCUGAAGGUGAGUGGGAAUAAAGGUGAAAUGCCAUUAGGGUCUCAUUUGUGUCCUCUAACUUCCUUCACUCUUUCAAGAAGGGAAGUCUUUGUGUUGGUUGGCCUUUCAUAUUCAGGUGCCACUGCCCUUCUGACUGCUGUAGGUGUAGCUCCUUUUUAUUUCUCUUUCAGUCUAGGUAUAGUAUCAGAUUAAUUAAGCAACUGGGCACACACCCUUCCUCAGGUAGAGGCCAAGCUUGCCUUCCUUAAGUGCUUUCCUUAGAGUGUUAUCAGCUAUGUCUGAUUGUGAUAUUUGUUCACUAAAUGGUACAGCUUUUUAAACUCCAGCACUUUGGGAGUGGAAGGUGUGAAAUGACUUGUCAAGCAAAAAUACUUGCAGUAAGUGGGACGGAAGAUUCAGCAAGGCAGCUGCCACACUCAGCAGAACAAUAGUAUGAUUCUUACAGCUGUUUCCACGGAGCUCCUUUUUGCUCGAAUUCUUAUUUCUGAGCAUCUUGUUCUGCCUGUUCCCCAGAGAGUCUUGAUGGGGUAAAACAAUAGCUAUCAAUUUGGUUCCAAAUCAGCUUUAAAUGGUUGGAAGACGUCGGACAUGUUACAAUAGUUCAGCUUCCAUAUAUUUCAAAUAGAUAAGUUUCUAUUGUAGUUUGAGAUAUGCCACCUUUGUUUUCAAAUUGCUUCAGUCUUAUCCUCUGAAAUGUAUGACUUUCACUGUGCAUGUAGUGUCCAAUUAUCAUUUUAUAGCAAAGUACAAUCAUUACAGACUGUGACCUUAGAGGGAUAUUUUUAUGUCUCAGCCAUCACUCAGGGAUGCAUUUAAGAACAUUGUUGUGGAAAGGACCUACUGGAAAGCAGAGUUGUGUCCUGAUUCCAGUUUUAGGAUUCUAAAUUCCCAUUGCCACAUCAUUCCAGUUCUUUAUCUAAUUUAAGUGCAGUUCAAAAGCAUGCAAAUGCAAGUAGAUAAAAAGGUACCACUUGGGUGGGCAGGUAACAGCGUUCUGUGCACUUUGGUGUUUAGUCAUGCCGGCCGCAUGUCCACGGAGACUGUCUGCUGACAAAUGCUGGCUUCCUCGGCUAGGAAACGGAGAUGAGCACCACCCCCUAGAGUCAGGCAUGACUGGACUUAAUGUCAAGGAGAAACCUUUACCUUUUUAUGUCCCCUUAUAUCAGUCGAAUGUGUCUUAGCCAUGUGCUGAAGUCUUGAAUGUGUGCUUCCCUUAUCCUACUGUCCAGCAUCACCUACUGUACAGAGAAACUGGUGGUCCUUUUUGUUUCUUGCAUUGAUCAUAGUAGUCAGUAAAGCAAAGGAAGAGAAGGGCAUCAAACUAAUCAUAUUACUGAUUGUGUGCUUGAUAACCAGCACCCCACUGGGAGGGAAUAUAAACAGUGCAGGAAAGCCCUAUACUUUUGCACUUCAUCUAUCUGGUUGGAUCAUUUAAACAUUAUUUUGUUCAUUUAGGAGCUAUUUAUGAAAACUCAACUCGUUAAACUAAUGCUUAAAGGACCUCUGACCAGAUGAUAAUUGACAAACCUCUCUCAGACUCCAUUUUACAUGUCUGUAAAAUAGGAAUAUUGAUUACAGAUUUAUAGAUAACCAUAAAUUAAAUAGUUUAAACUAAUCUAGCUGAACUUUCCAUGCAUAUCUAAUGCUUAUAAAUUUGCUUUCCAAAGAUUGUUGCCUCAAAUAUAUUACUUACAAACUAGAAACUUCUCAAUGGGUUUGUAGCCAUUCUUAAUGGUACUAGAGUGGUGUAGUGAUUAAGAAUGCAGGACUGGGAUUCAGGUGGUCUAGAUUCUGGUUCCCGCUCAGCCGUGGAGCUCACUGGGUGACUAUGGGCCAGUCACAGACUCUCAGCCCAACCUACCUCAUAGAAGUGUUCUUGUGAAGAUAAGAUUGAGAGGAAGAGAAUGAUGUAAGCUGCCUUAAGUUCCUUGAAAGGAAAAAAGGUGGUGUAUAAAUACAAUCAAUCAAAUAAUUAUUAACUGGUAUUAUAAAACAGCACAUUUUUAGAAAUGAAAUAUUUUCUUCAGAAAGUAUCGCACCUCAAAUUACUGUAUUAAAAAAGGUUGAGUUAAUUUGUGUGCUGUAUUAUGUGCAUGUACAACAGAACGGGAGUUGAUGAAUUCCUCAGCAGGGAUGUUGAGUAUUCAUAAGAGAUUGUAGCAACCUACCUAGCUGUACUUAAUAUGUAUCUGCCACAACCACAUCAUUAUCUUAUAACUGUCUUGCUGUACAAAAACAAGUGAAGCCAUCAAACAGGGAUGCUGUUUAAACCAGUGAUACUAGAACAUAAUUCAUACUAUAGAUUUGUAACAUGGGAAAAUUAAUGCAACAAUGUUGUUAGUUUUCAAGAUGCUGCAAGAUUCUAAUUGGGUUAGCUUGCUGCAGUUAAAAAGAAAUCUUACCUCUUUGCCUGACUAAAAGUCAGCCCAAAGGUUCUUGGAAUUUGUUCAGGCUUUAGUCUCUUAAGCAUGUCUUAUGGGAUUGGAGCUUCAACUGUGGAUGUCUUAAGUAUUUCAAGAAUUGGAAAAUCUGUGUUUAAGUCCUUGCUUGCUCACUGAUUAGGUAGCUUGAGCAAGCCACUUUCCCUUAUUGACAGUUUCUCAUGUACAAGAUGGAAACAAAUCUACUUUGUGGAAUAUUUUGGGAGGAUGCCCUGGGAUUAAAAAAAAACUUCAAAUACUAUGUCACUACAAUAUGAGUGUUCCCAGAUACCAGAAAACAAGAAUAUACUGCUCCCUUAUCACAGAUUGAGCAAUUAGUAGUAUUACUUAUUCCAAUCAUUUCUGAUAGCAUUUUAAGGUUGCUUAAGUGUUUUAACAGUCCUCAUAUUGUUCGCAACCACCUUGAGAGGGACAUUUUUUAACUAAGCCUCCUGCUGCUAGUUAUUUAUCUAGGGCAAGCAACCAUCCAUGGAUACUGAAAAUACUAUGAAAGAAAAUGGCAGAUGUACCACUUGUCAGGUGAAACAACAUCUUCCUGCCUUUUGGGGAGUUGUCUCUUCAUGUUCUUUCCAAACUGCUACUCCCUUGUCUUGCACCUACAUUUUUUUUUUUUUUGCCAGAAAUCUUCUCUGCCAUUGCACAGAUUCAGAGUUUGAAUGUACUUACAGUGCCUUGUGCUAUUAUUUACCAUCCUGACUUUUCUACAUAUUGCUGUGUGACAAACUGAAAUCCAAAUUUAUUUCAUUGGCAUUCCUACCACUUGAAGUACACAAGAUACUCAACACAUGGAAGACAGUUUUAUUGUGACACAAAUAAACUGGCAUUUGUGUCACAAGUAUUCACCGCCUUUGCUUUGAUAUGCCUAAAUUAUCUCCGGUGUAACCUACUGCAUCUGCAAUACUGUAAGUAGCCGGAGUGUAUGUAUGUGCAGUUCCAAUGCUACAUGAAUUCAGAUUAAAUAUAACAGUUUCUGGAAGGUCCCAGAGUUUGUUGGAGAGCAAAUCUAAACAAACAGUAUCAUGAUGACCAAGGAGCUGUCAAAAUAAUUCUGAAAAAAAUAACUCUGAAGCAUGACUUAGGCCUGGGUUAUUAAAAACUAUUCUGAACUAAAAACAACCCUUGAAGCACUAUUAAUCCCAUGAUUCUAAAGUGGAAUGAACAUGGCUCAACCACAAAAGCUUAGUGACAGGGUAAGGAGGGCCUUAGUCAAAAAAGCAACCAUGAGGUCAUGUGGUAAUUCUGGAAGAGCUGAAGAGAUCUGCAACUAAGGUUGGAGAAACUGUCUAUGGGACAAUUAUUAAACAAAGCUGGGCUUUAUGGAAGGACAGUGGUAAGAAAGCCAUUGCUGAAACAAACCCAUAUCAAACCACAUUUGGAGUUUGCAAAAAGGCACGUGGAAAACACAGUAGAAUUGUGGGAAAGCUUCUCUCAUCUAAUGAAACCAAAUUUGAACUUUUGGUCUUACUUUAAAAUGCCAUGUGUGGUACAAAGCCAACAGGGUUUGUUGCCCUGAACACACGAUGCCCAUGGUAAAACAUGACAGUGGGAAUAUUUUUCCUCAGCAAAGACUGGGUUUGAGGGCAAGAUCUAGAGGAAAUCCUGAAAGGGACCUAGAACUGUGGUGGAGUUUCACAACCCAGCAGGACAAUGACUAUAAAUGUACAGCCAAAGUAACACUAUAAUUGUUUCGAAUAAGAAUCUGAAUGACAGACAUAUGCCAAGUCUCAGUCCAAUUGAGAAUCUGUGACAAGAAUGGAAAAUUGCUGUUUACCAAUAGUCCCUCUGACAACAUGACAGAGCUGGAGCAGUUUUGCCAGGAAGAAUGGGCAAAUGCUGCACGAUCCAGCUGUGAUAGAGACUUACCCAAGAAGACUUUCAGCUAUGAUUGCUGCCAAAGGAGCUUCUACCAAGUGUCAAGGGGAUGCAAACUUAUGCAACCAACAAGCACCAGUUUGUUUUUAGCUACUUAACUUUUGUUUCACAAUAAAUAUAUUUUGCACCUUUUCAUUGUUGAGUGUCUUGUGUACAUCAGGUGGUACAAUUGUGGAAGAAUUUAGUGUUUUUCCUUUCACACAAUGCCAAUUAAAUCUGUUUCAUUUCCAGGUUGUAAUACAUCAAAUUGUAUAAAAGUCAGAGGUGGUGAGACACUGGAAAGGAGCUAAAAUGAUUGCACUGAUUAAAAAAAUGAGAUUUUAGGUGAUACACCUUACUUCAUCAGAUGGUAGGAUGGAAUUGUGGACUACAAGUCAGAGAAGCAAUUAAGUAUAAAGAUUCAGUCUUCAGACUCUAACAAGAUACUAAUAUGAUGAACAAUGAUGUAUCAGUGCUUUUUUUGAGUUUCUAUAAUGCUAGGAGUGAUAUUCCUUUUAUGUCCUGAUUGCUUCUUUCUUAGCCUCAAGUUUCCCAUGUACAAAUGGAAACAAGUAAUCUUUCACAGAGUUCUUGGGCAUAAAUAAUAUUUGCAUAAACUUCUAAUUUUCUACAUCACAUUUCAGUCCUAGUCCUUAGCUGGUCAAUGUAGCCUACUGAGGAACUCAUUAUGCAAAAAAUUAUGUACACAUGUAUGUAUUGUAGUUAUGUAUGGGAUGAAAGCUUGAUAGUUCAGUAGUCAAAUGAGCAGUUGGUAUGUCAGGCAUGCUGAUCAUGCCUGUAACUCAUUCUUGUGGGGAAUGUUAGUUGAUACUGAUUCAAGAAAAAUGUCAACUUAUAUGGUUCUGGGAGUUCCUUAAUAUUGCCUUCUUUUAUAGAGCUGAUUUUUGAGGUAAUAAAACUGCCUGACAUGAAUUCUUCAUAACAGAUAAAAGACGUCAGAAAGGGGUUCCUGGGUAGUUGUUGUCAUAAUGUUGUUUUUAAUCUCAGUAGGUAAAUCAUGAGUUUCGUGAUAUAGUAAUUUCUAGAAUCGAAGUUCCCCUUCUACUUCAUUAACACAAUCAGUUUUGUUCAGUCAUAGUUGUUGCUUCUUCAUUAGCAGUUUAAGAAAGAUAUUUGGAUUAUUUAUGAGAUCUGUGAUUACCUUAAUGGAACAGAAGGCAAAGUUUUAUACAUCUUCUUUUAUUUUGCUGCAAGAGAGGUCUGUAUAAUGGUAAAGUCUGAGGUUUUAUUCCUCAGGAAGGUUUCACCAAGAUUUUAGUGCAACAUGGAUUGGAUUGGAUGUGGUGGUCUGUCAUUUUUGGUUAUGGAGCUAUUUAAUCACAGGUGGGGAAAGAGUACCUCUGAGUCACUGAACAGCUUUAUUACAUUGUAAGGUUUUGCAUGGCAGAAAAGCAGGUCACAAGACAAAAUCAAUUGUCCUCUUCUUGGUGGAGUGGGUGGUUUCAUAGAUUAAUGAUAUCUAGAUCAUCUUGAUAGCACCAGUUUUAAUCAGUGUAGAAAGUUUAAUAUUAUACCCAAUCCUAGAGAAUGAAGAGUACAUUGUGGUUUUCCUAGCCUGAGUGUUCAAUAAUGUCUGAAUACAUUGAGUAAAUGGUGUCAGUGAGAUAAUGUAAACAUAUGUCUUGCAUUGUUUAUUUUAAGGGUUUAAUUAAUUGUGUUAAGCACAAUGUAUGGGUGUCCUGAACUGAUUACAUUUCUCUCCUAUUGUGUAAGAUGCGGGGGGGGGGAGUAAUUCAUUAUUCAAAUUGCUUCAGUUCCAUAACCAUUAAUGUAGUUCAAUUUGUAUUCAGUUCAGGAAAAAAGCACACUGUGCAAUCCUCCUCAGACGUCAUAGUGCAGGUAGGGAUUGUUGUUGGCUCCUACACGUCAAAAAGUAUAUUUAAAUUGAAAGCUGGUCCAUCCAAGGGACAAGAUUAGAACAUGCUAGCUUUCCACAGACAUGAAGUUUUUAUUGAUGGAGCAUUCAACAUGUGAUUUUCCUCCCCCACUCGCAUUCUGAAAUGUGCAGUCUGGGGAAGGUGUAGCUGGGUCUACAUAUGCAACAGAACAAAGGGAUAUGCCAGGUUGUGUCACUCCAGACAGUAGGUACAGUUACCAUUUCAAUGUUUCUUUACACGUAAAACAAAAUACAAGCAGCAAACUAGUCUACUUAUGAGAGUGGUUCUAGCUGACCUCUUUGCUGUUCUGUUUUAUAUUUGGAGUGAGCUCCAAAUGGAGGGCAAUGCUAAAAAAAGUGAUCCCCAUACCACCUGUAAUUUGAAAUGAGAUAUUCCUUUUUUAUAUCUUUUCUGCUCCAUAUGAAGACCAGGUCUUAAAGGAAUUCAUAAAGAGUAUGCAUGCCUGUUAAAAAAUAUACACCCUUUAAUUUUGCAGCAGUUUGAUACAAAUGCUAUUAGAUUAUCUCGUUCCUCCCCUUGACAGGGGGUCUCUUCCUUUCUAAACAGCUGAGGAAAACCCCAGUAUUGACUGGAUAUUAGAUAUGUUUUGGGAGGAAUGCAUUUCUUAUGUAAAGCUAGAGAGGAGAACCUGUGAUACUGUGUGUGUAGCCUGCAGUCUAAUUUUAUGCAGCUUACAACAUCAUCAGGCUGCCUUCCCUCACCAGUCAAGGGCAGUUGAUGGGACAAGCUACCCAGCCACAGGGAUGCUAGACAGGGCAAUUCGCACCCCAGGCUGCCUCUUCCAAAGCCACCUCUUUCCUGUGUAUGGUUUCUCCUGAUGGUGACUGCUGGGAACACAGAAAAGAAGGUACACAAUUGGGAGUAGCAAUGACUGCUUGAGCCCUUAGGGCACCGGUGGGAAACAGGGACAGAUGGUGGAGGCGGGGGCUUGGAUGUGAGUGAACAAAGACUUAGGAAGGCAGAGAAGGCCUUCUUCAGGCUGCUUGUGUUCUUUUCAUCACUCUACACUGAACUCCACAAGGGUUGGCUCUCUUUACUCCUGACAGAAUUCCUAACUGAACUUGGGCCUCAGAAGUUCAGUCCAGUCCCCCACCCCACAAGGCUCGGUGCCUUGAUGAUUGCUACCUCCCUACUCCUUCUGAGUGCCCGGUUUGUUUUACUGUUGGAUAACCUCCUACCUGAGGAGGGCUCUGCCACAGAGGAGAGGAUAAGACUGCAAUGAAGUCCUUCAAUACCAUGAGCUCCAUCUACCACUGGGUCUACCUGAAGCAGCUGUGUCCCCAAAUCAUGGGUUGAAUGGAUUUUUUUUAAAUACAAAAACAGUAAAGAACAUGUGAACAGUAAUAAUAUGCAUAUAUCCAAAAAUUCUCUGCAGAAAAAUCAAGCACUGUUUAUGUUUUUACAAAUACUACCAAGCGUAGUGUAAAAGUUACAAUGGCUAGAUUAUAAACCUUUCUGAACCUUUUCCUUUUCUCUAGAUUUCAUGAAGACCUUGGAUAGUGACUUAAUGUAAAACUGUCUGCUACUAUGGAAACCUCUGCUUGGAGGGGCUUGAGUUGGCAAAAAUAUUAGAACUGAUUGUGUUGUCAGGCAAUGCCUUUGAUCUUUCCUUUUUCUCUAACAUUUUAUGCAAGAGGUAGAGAGGAAGUUAAUAACACUAAAUUUUGAGAGAGAAAAGUCACAUCUGAGAAUCUCUGUUUCCUUGGAAUGCCUGUCCCUUUACAUUUACCCUAGAUUUAUUUAGGGUGCUUUUGACAAAAUGCCACGGUACUUGGUGCUGUGUCCAGAGUCCUCAAUUAACCUUCACCAGACUGUGCUUGAUAGCCCUUGUGUGUUCAUGCGGCAGCUUUCCUAACAUAUGCCAAAGCUGCCAAUCCAAGCAAACAUCCCUUUGUGUCACAAGCUGAUUUAAUUUAAGGCACAAUAAUGCCCUACUUGGCAUAGUCAAACUAAUGUGCACGCUUCCCUUGAGGUCCUGCCUCCUAUAACAGACUCAUCCUGGAGUGCUUUAUCUCACAAUUUGGAAGUUGCUGUGUUCUUAUAAGGAUAUCUUAUACCUUGCCAGAAUUCCUGUCUGAUCAAGACCUGAGUCUGAAUGUUGUGCCUGGUGUUGAGCACGAGGGAGAUUGGGGAAUCUGUUAAUGUACCUCUCUGAUGAUCUCCCUGCCAGAGCUGGUGGAAGUGGUGGUGAGCACUAGCAAGGUUUUUCUUAGCAGCAUGUAUCUAAGAUGACUCAAGACUUCUAUGCUACUGUGCUUACUGUUGGAUUAUCCCAAAAUUGAUCCAAAUUUGUGGCAGAUUACAUAUGUUUGCUUGUGACUGGGUAGAAUGACUGAGGGGGACUUGGUAACUCUCUUGUUAUUGGCAGAUCACUACCCAGUGAAGCUUAGGCUUUCAAUGAGCAUUCCUGUUUGCAAGGUUGAUGGACUGAUUGGAAUGAUUCAGCUCCAGAAGCUGUUGGAUCCUCAUGGAUUCUUGAGACCUUUGGGGGAUUUCCAGUUGAAAUGGGUAGCACUUAUAUCAAAACCAUUGGGUAGGUGUGAAUGUCAAGGUAAGGUGCCCUACAAAUAACUAACGGGGGAUUGGUUGUUUGUAGAACAACCAGUAGUACGCCCCCUGUGAUCACAAAUCCUUAUAUGCGGACUACAAUGAUCACCCCCUUUUUGUUUCCUUGUUAUCAAGAGAUGUCAAAGGAAAAAAAUAAGUGUAGUCUCUCUGGUUUAGUGUCCAUGUAGCUGAUAUCUCCCAUGAUAGUGCCUAGCUGAGGCUUUCCAUUUUGGAUUCUCACCUGUAUGUACCUCCACACUUGUUUUGGACUGGCUGAACUUCUUUAAAAACUAACAUAUUUGUGCAAAUUUCUUGUGAUUUAAUGUGAUGGCUCCUCCAGUGUUUUGCUUGGGCAUUCUGGAGGGGCUUCUACUUCAAAGAUCACAGAAAGAAAUCACUGGAAAAUAGGGAAAAGGAAGAACAAAGAUGCAGUGAGUGAAAAGGGGUUUACAAUUGCAAUGGAAAACACUGAGCCUGUGGUGACUGCUUCACUGUGCCACUUAAAUACUAGUGGGGCGACUCCCAGCAGCGGUGACUUGGAAAAACUCAGCAAGUGCUCGAGAGGCGGUUACUAGUUCUUGCCGAACAGCUGCACUUCCUGCAGCCCAUGGUGGGGUUGAUAACCUGAACUUGGACAGUGAGCUACCCUUCAUGAGUACAACACACCCAACAACAAGGCAAGGGUUGUCAGAGUGGCUUAUUGGCCACAAACAAACUACCCUGUGAGAAGUGGUCUGGGUUCACAUAUUUGUGUUAACAGCCCCAUGUGGCUAGUUAUCCACAAUGGUUUGUCACAUUGUGUAGGCCCAGUCACUGUGUGGACAGUCCAAGUUGUAACUGCUGUUAGCUUUUAGGCUUAGAUGUUUUGUAGUUGUCUUGGAUUUCAUAAGUUGCCUCAAACAUGGAUUGUGAGUGUGAAUGAGCGUAUAAAUAAACACACAGCUACAAUAAACAAGAAUGUAGCAUUUUAAUGAAAGCAAAAGGCAGCUUAACUAUGGUCUUUUCAGAGAUGUGCUUUCUUCAGUUGAAAAUAGAAUAGAAUAGUAGUAGAGUUGGGAGGAGCCUGUAAGGCCAUCACAUCCAGCCCCCUGCUUGGCUUCCACACAUGGUCACCCAUCUGGUUGCAGGUUUGCACCUUUCCAUCUUAGCAAAGGUAACUCAACAUGCUAGCGCAAUGUAAAAGUAUAACUCUUUUUCUAGACGUGGUACUCAAACCCAUGCCUUCAGGAGAGAGUGCAACCCAAAUGUAGCACUUUAGACUCUUUGGCCGUCCUGACUGGUAAUUAUAUAGCAUGCCAGAGUGUUUAAAACGCUUCAAGUACAUUAUCAUGCUAAUUGUAAUUCUUGCAACAAUUCUGUAAGUCAAUAUUUUGUUCAAAUUAUAGAUUGCUUGCUAAGCCCUAGAGAGGCUGAGGCCAUGGCCAGCUAACCGGCUCAUGGAAGAGGUGAGGUAUUAACCAGGGACAUUAUGUCAUUUGACUAUUUUUCCUUUGUGCUGUGCCUCCUUUCUGGACAGAACAUGGGGCAUCUUUAACAGGGCUUUACUUAGAAAUCGAUUUGAAGGACUGCAUGCAAAUGUCUAUAGUAAAUGUUGCUAAGCUUUAAACCUGUUAAAAAUGUCAGCAUCCUAUCAGUCCUUCAGCUAGUAAUGCUUUAUGAAGGCUGCUUAUGUGACUUGCUCUUCUAACUUUAAAGAACUAUCAAGUUUUCAAGACUAGAAGAAAGAUGAGCCCUGUCUGCAGCUGCUAUAGUUUUGCACCAUGUUGAAUGCAGUGCACUGCUAGCUGCAUACAUUGCUAUAUUGCCGCUGCCAUUCCCAAGGAAUUGCAUGGUGGAAGUGAGUAUUUUUCCUCAGGUUGUUUUAGAUGUAUGAGGCAUGCACAAGGCAACUAUCACUGGAAUAGUAAUUGUCGAUGUUGUAGACACUGGCUAGAGAGAACCAGCAUUUUGUCUUUGCAAUAAUGAUGGUGAUUAUAUCUGGCUCACUGUGUUUCUGGGAAGUUAAUGAACCAAGACAUCUGUUAUGAUUAAAUAACCUCUGUUUCCACAGUUGCAUUCCUGCAGCAAAGGAGAAAAAACAGCAAGCUAGUGGUGGCUUUAUAGUGUGGAAUAUGUAUGUGGUCGUCCAUGGCACCUUCAACAGUAUUUAGGUUAUUGUCUUAAGAACUUUUGGAGGCAUAGCAUAGACUUACAGUGUGCCUGUUGUGCAGAGGUGCACCAAAACCUGAGGCAUCUUGAGAGCUGAUGGAGCAGUGUGGUUAGGAAGCAGGCCUACAUACCAGUCCCGACCAGAAACUUAAUAGGUUGUCCUAGGCAAACCACUUGCUCUCAUCCCCCAAUUUGCAACAGAAGGCUGUUGUGAGGCUUACUGGGAAUGUAUGUGAAGUGCAUGGAAUACUUUGAAGAACUAUAUAAAUAUUAAAGCUCAAAUAAGGAUUAUACGCGAGUCUUACUAUGAUGCUCUGUGGUAUAUAUGGUGGUGUACUUCCUGGUCUCUUGCAUCACACACAUGGGGCCUUUGUACCCGUGCAGAACAUAGUAUUAGGAAAAGCUUCUAAAGCUGAACAUUCAAGUUGUGGGCAGGAACCCCUCAGUCCCUUUUCGACUGCCAUUGAGCAAAGUAUGGGAAUUGCUAUGUAAACUGUGUGUAUAUAUUGUGUUGUAAGCCGCCCCGAGGCUUCAACAAGGGGCGGCAUAGAAAUGUUCUAAUAAAUAAAUAAAUAUUUAGUACCUAUAUAGUGCUUUUCCUAAAUGCUAAAACUAAUUCCUAUUUCCUUAGUAAAACUCAUAAGAAUUCUGCAAGACAUUUUCCAUUAUUAUUUCCUUAUUACAUAUGGAGAUUACUGGGGCUGAGGUUAUAGGAAAGUAGCAUGCAUAAGGCAACUUCAUGGGCAUAACUGAACUCUGAAUCAAGAACAGCUUCUUGGUUUGUUUAUUGCAUUAUGCCAAUUUCUGUUGCUUUUCAAUCCUUGACUUGUUUUUCUGUCCUUGAUUAUACAUUAUGUAUUGCCUUCUCAGUUGUCUUAUAAGUAGACAGUGUCACCUGCAAGGGCUUAUACUUCAAUUAAAAAUAAAGUACAACUUGUCCAGUGUUUCAGGUAAGGGUCCCAUAACUAUGAACACAAAAAUCUGCCACAACUUAAUUUUCAUCUUGAGGUCUGCUCCCUGGUAGUUGUCAACCAGCUUCAGAUGCUCUUGGAUUAGACUGAUUAUCAGGAUCCAUUUCAUGCAUGGUUCAGGCAAGAAUUUGACACAGCAAUAGAUUUGACCAUGUAUGAUGAUCUGUGUUGGAAGAAGGACAAAGAAUGUGACCCUGUUGAUUCUCCUUGAUCUCUUAGCUGCUUUCAGUACCAUUGACCGUGGUAUCCUUCUGGGCAGCUUCCUCAGUUGGAAGGCAAAAGUACUGCAUUACAGUAGCUUUGCUCCUAUAUGGCUGGUUGGCUGUGGAAUGUGGUGCUUGUGGGAUAUUGCUUAGUCCCUUGGAUACCCUGCAGAGGUUAGUUCUCUCCUCCAAGCUAUUUAAUAUUUGCAUGAAACCAUUGAGUGGAUUCAAGAGUUUUGAGUUGUGUUGUCAUUGGUAUGCUGAAGACAUGCAGAUCUAUUUCUUUUCAGAGUCAUGAAGUGAGGUUGUGGAUAUACUAGUUUGGGGCCUAGUAGUGAACUUGCUAGUUUGGGCUGCACUGGGAUAAUACACUGAAGAUCAAGCCAGACUAGAACAAAGUGCUGUUAGUGAAUGGUUCUUCCGACUGGAUGGAGAAUGCUCAACCUAUUUUGUAGUUUAGAGGUUCUCUUUGAGUCACAUUGUUGGCACAGUUGACCUCAGUGGUAUGGAAUGCCUUCUAAUAGCAUCUACUUUUAACAAGAUAUAAAGUGAAUAUGCAGCACACAAAAAAUACAAGAAGGGACACUGGGAUAUAAGUAUGCUUAGUGUUUAACAUGUCAUAGAGCUUUUUUCUUGUAUUGUACCAUUAGAAGGCUGGAAGGGUCAGGAAGAUCUCCUUAUUCACUUUCUUGUCCUGAAGCAGCAUCCUCUAUCAUUAUUUGAUUUCUCAUAUCCAUUUCUCAGAAGAAGAUUCAAGGAGAAUUACAACAGAAUUAAAAGAUAAACAUGUUAAACAGUAGAAACAACUAGCUACUAAACUACAACACCCCAUAAAACAACUGAAAUAUCAGUGAUAACCAUAAACUUAUAUAUAAACAAUGUAUAAGUAGUCCAUCAAAUGCCUGGGAAUAAACAUGCCAAAAAGAUGACAAUAUUGCCACUAGGUAGAUCUCACAGGGGAACACAUUACAUAAACUGCUUGGGACUAAGCUACCUGAAAGACUCCCUUUUCUUAUAAAGCCACUCCAGUUCGUUAAAUAUGUAGGAAAGGCCCCCAUGUUUUGAGAGCUCAGCCUUCAGAGGUGUGUUUGGUGGCAAUGUGAAAAAGGGCUGCCUUGGUGGAUAUUUUCUGACUGUCGUGCUCCCUGCCAAGGAAGGCUAGGUUAGACAAAGGCCACUUUAUUCAAAUAAGAUUUUGGUGUGUAAAUGGAUGCUGCCCCCCCAUUAUUGUUGUGUGCGAUUUUUACUGUGUUCAAGUGAUUUUAAGCUUGCAAAUGUAUUCAUGCAUUUGCUUAUUGGUUUUAAGCAAAUCAAGUUUAAUAAGUUGAUUGUAAACCUUGAGAGUCAUUUUUGGUAGGAAAGUAGGAUACAUUUUAAAUAAGUGAGGGGCUGAAAAGACCCUCUCCCUUGUCACCAUCCUUCAACUCACCCUUGGAAAAAGGUCUCAGAUGUUGAUUCUAGGGCAUAUACAUACAACAAUAUACUAUGUACACAAUUCUUGUUGAAAUAGCAAUAUGCUAAAAGCAGAAAGGAGAAGCAGAUAGAAUGCCCUCACUUGUCUGAUUCAGGAGUGUUUAGAGAGAAAUUGCUAUGUUCUACAGCAAGUGAGCUAAAAGACAAUGUUUCUACUUAGUCUUUUACUAGUACUUGCUACCUCUGAAAUCUUUGGUGUAGUUUUUCUGGCAAUUACCUAUGGUUGCAUGAUUAGAUAAAGCCUGCUGCCUUGGUACCAGUCAUUUCCUGUCCUCCACAGGUGAUCAUGCCAUGAAACUGUCAUACUGUCUUCAUAAUACUACGGGUACUUCUUGAACAAUGCAUCUGCAUGUUUGUAAACCCAAGGGUAUGACCUCAUGUUGGGAUGAAUGUGGGAACAGGAAAGAAAACAGAAUGCUCCAGGUUGGGCUUCAACAGAUGAAACUGAACUAUUCUUUUGCUUCUUGUUUGGAAGCUCCCAACUAGGUGUAUGAGUGACCCAAAAGUUCGCUUUACGCUGAGCCACCAGGGAGUGGGGCGAAGAUGCCAAUACCACCUCCCCCUCCCCCUCCCCCUGGACCACCCCCACCCCCAACUUUCAAUCAGGCAAACACAGAGCCUCCAAAAUUGAGCAGGGAUGAGCAGCGAGGGAGGGGGGCCCUCCUGCAAGACAUCUGUAAAGGGACCAAGUUGAAAAAGGUGACCCAAAUCAAUGACCGGAGUGCACCCAUACUUGAGAAAUCCAAGGGCAGUGGCAGCUACAGCUCUGGGGCAUCUCCUCUGCCACCAAAGGGGGGCCUUUUCCAAGGUGGUGUCCCUAAGCUUCGACCCGUGGGAGUAAAGGAUGGUUCAGUUUCAGAUAACCCCUCUGGGAAGCAGUUGCUUCAGGUUCCUGGGUCCAGAUCAGCUGCACCACGCCCCCCUGUGCCUGCUACCAGUAGUCGGCCUCAAGAUGACACCGAUAACAGUCGGGCUUCUCCCCCUGAGCUUCCACGCAUGCAGAGACCUUCCUUGCCUGAUCUCUCACGGCCAAACAGUGCCAGCAGCUCUGGCAUGAAACACAGUUCAUCAGCCCCACCACCUCCACCACCAGGACGCCGAGCCAACGCACCUCCUGCUCCUCCUUCCAUGCACAACAGCAAAGCACCUUCCUACAACCGCGAGAAGCCAUUGCCACCAACUCCAGGGCAGCGACCUCCAGGGAGUCGGGAUGGACCACCAGCUCCUCCUCCUAUCAAGCCACCCCCUUCUCCAGGGAACAUCCGGAUGGGACCAAGCAGUCAAAGCCAGUCCUUGGCACCCCCUCCUCCACCUUACCGACAGCCCCCUGGUGUCCCCAAUGGUCCUGCCAGCCCCACCAAUGAAUCUGCCCCCGAGCUUCCACAGAGACACAAUUCCUUGCAUAGAAAGACACCGGGACCUGGGAGGGGCAUGGCACCUCCCCCACCCCCUUCAGCCUCCCCUUCCUUACAGAGCAGUCGCCCCCCACCUCCUGCCCGUGAUCCUCCUAGCCGUGGUGCAGCCCCUCCACCACCACCACCACCCCUAGUCCGAAAUGGGGGUAGAGAUGCGCCUCCGCCUCCCCCGCCCUACAGAAUGCAUGGAUGUGCAGAUCCUGCCAGCCGCGGGAAACCACCCCCGCCUCCCACCAGAACGCCAGUUGGACCACCACCUCCUCCCCCACCCAUGAGAAAUGGACACCGGGACUCCAUCUCCACUGUCAGGUCUUUCUUUGAUGACUUUGAAUCCAAAUACUCUUUUCAUCCAGUUGAAGACUUCCCAGCUCCAGAAGAGUUCAAGCACUUCCAGAGAAUUUAUCCCAGCAAAACUAACAGAGCAACUCGUGGGGCUCCUCCUCUGCCUCCUAUCCCCAGGUGAAAAAUAGCAGCUGGGAAUCGUUGCACAGUACCGAAAAAAAUGGACCUGUGUUCUUCUCAGAUUUUCCCACUUCCUUCCCAUCCCUCAGAAACCUGCAUGACAAAUACAUUCCUGCCAUUGAUCCCUACCCCAUGGUCUCAACUGUUGCAAGAACCUGGAUGAAUUUACCACUGCUCAUCUCCAUCUAUGCAUUCACCUGGGUGAGAACCCUGUUCUGCAGAUCUGCGUUGGCUUCCCAUUUUUCCUGCCACUUCCUUGUCAGCGGGUGAGAUCCUGGUUCAAGAAUAAGUGUGCAGUGAAUAUUUCCCAGAAAAGCAAGCUAAACAGUUUUGGAACUGCACAUAAGAUUGAAAAAAACUUUUUCUAAAUGCUUGCCUAGCAUGGAGGUGGGAAAUGCCUAUGAGUUAGGUGAGAUGCAGAAUUCUGACUUUUAAGGGGGGGUAGCAUUGAAUGGACAGAAACGGCUAUUCCACGUUUGAACACAAACACUACAUACUAACUCAUUAAAUUGUGUAACUUGAAGAGAGGAGGGAAGAAAACAGCAUUCCCUGGAGCAGAUUCGAAAUGGGGAAAGCUACACAAAUGUAGCAGUAUCCAUGGUAGCACAAGAGAAAUCCAGACUAUACUUUGCUAUUGUUUAAUUGUACCUGUGUUCCUUAUCCUGCAGAUUUGGAGCCAUUCUUUUUCUCAGGAGUGUUAGCUCCUGGCAUCCCAUUUCAAGCUGUUGUGACUCCUUAUGAUGUUGUUCCUGUGAAUUGUAAAAGGUCUAGGAAUCACAUACAUGAGCAUAAUAUCUGGUGGCCCCCCCACUGCCACAGGUGCAGUAAUAAUAAAUGGUGUGCCUGGGGUGAGGAGAGUAGCAGCCACUGAGGGCAGCAAAGGAAAGACAUGUGGGCAAAAUUGUGGGGAGCCUCGGCUUGGCGAGCUGGUGGUGGAGUCCAGCAGCAGGAUGGCAGUUAUGAACAACAUAUUAAGGAACCAUGGGUGUAGGUGUUCAGCAGUGUAGGAGAAGACAUGCUUAGUCCCAAGUUCCUAUCGGGACUCCAGCUUGUCUGCCCUGCCUCUUCGUCAGAGGACCACACGUUACUAUUUCCACAAAUGGAGGCAUCAUCUUAUCUUCUUGUGCUCUAAAUCUCUUUGAGAGGGACCUGUCUGAAGUACUCAACCAUCCAGCAGUAGACGGCUUACCUCUGUGCUGAGAGGUGGAUGGGCCCUGGCUGCACAUCCAUCCCAGAGAGGGCUUUGCCAAUUGGGAAGUAUCAAAGUGAGAAAUGUUGACGCUCUGGUUAUGAGCAGUGUGCUCUUCCUAGACUGCUCCCAGUUAGUAUUUGGUUUUUCUUAAAAGAAUAAAAUGCCUAAGUAAUAAAUCAAGUGUUCUAGCUCAGAGUUCACCAUGCAUAGCUAAUAGCCCACUCCAGCAAAGCAGCCCUUAGGAUGGGAGAGACCGGGGAGUUCCCCUUAUGCUUAGGUUGGUCAGUUGGACACAGUGUUCCCUGCAUUUCUUGCACAUGAUUGUGAGGAAGAGGGCUGACACCUCUUUACAUAUUGCUGGGAUGCUCCUGUGAGAAUGCUGCCAGCCUGACCUGGGUCUCUUGGUUGUGGCAUGGAAAAAGUGGACUGCCAUCAAAGGGAGACUUCACAGUGCUGGACUUGUGUCUGAGGUCAGGGCAGAGGCAUUCCUACUUGGUAUUUUUUUUCUUCUAAUGGUAGAAAGCAAAUUCCCAAUUGUGGAUUGUGCACAUGCUUCUCAAUACACUCAUUUGCUAUGCUGAGAGUAAUCCCAUGUGAAAAUGCAUGCUGUCUGUCUCCAUACAUGCACAGCCUGCUGGGAAAUCACUGUUAGGCUACUUCCCAGCAGUGGAAGUGUCACACUCUGGACUGAUCACUGAUCUUGGCCCUGGAGCAGCAGUGAAUUUCUUACCUUCGUGCUCCCUGCUCUCAUUUAUACUCUUUGCAAAUGGUUAUAACAUCAAACCUAGCAAGCUGGUUAGGGGUUUUGCCUUACAGACUAUGUCAGUCAUGUGAUUGGUACCAGAUUUAUUAUAAUUAUUGUGUAUAUUUACUCUGAAAUAACUUGGGGGUGGGGAAAUAUGUGCUAUAAUCAUAAAUAAUUGAUCUAUUUUGUAUGUUGUAAAAAGUUUGUAGGCUUGCCAGCCAUCCACUACAAAUGUUCCCUCACCUUCUACUUAUCUUUUUUUUCUUAUGAUGAUGGAAAUUCAUCUGCUUUUAUGUUUAAGACCAGGCAUUCUCUCAUGUUGAGGGGCUAGUGCUUGGUUGGAGGAAUUGCUUUUUUUUCUGGAGGAAAAUUAAAUCUUACCCAGCAUAGUUCGCUGGGAAGAAAAGUUAAAUGCACUGUGCAUUUGUGUAUGUGUGUGUGUGGAGGGGGGUGUUAAAUUUUGUAAGGUUAUUUUCUCUGUAACAUUGGCUUCUAAUACGUGAAUCCUUUGGGAAGCAACUGUGAAGGGUUUCCUAAGCUUGAAAUGGCAGUCAAAUGAGUACUUAAUAAAAGAGGCACAUGUGUUACACCUGCAUGUUUUGGGCCAAAGCAGUACUUUCUUCCUCCCCUUUUGUUCUAUAGAUGUGAUGUGGUGUUAUUGCCAGGGUGGGUGAGAUGUGUUCACUUUUUCCUUGUACAGGGGCAAAUUAGCACAUGCAAACAUUUUCCUAACUCACUCUUUCCUUAAUGCUCAGGGCAGGUUUCUACAGCAUUUAAAAUCAAACCCAUAAGCAUAGUACUCAUAUGGUCAUCACCACCACAAAUCUGAAAUCCCUUUUUGCCCUCUCGGCUCCGAGAUGGACUCUGCCAAAAUGUAUUUGAGCUCGUGCUGAAGGCUGCUACCACAUACUAUUGUUGGAGACUUGGGACCAGUUAGUCUGUUCAGCUUGAUGCACACUUAAUGCUUUCCCUCUGGGCCAUACAGUUUUCAGGCAGCAGAUGCAAGGGACUCACUUUAGUACUUCCCCAUCUAAAAAGCUCACACUUCAUUUAAGAAACAAAAAACAAUAACUUGGGACUAGAAGUGCUAGACAUAGCCUUCUAGGUGCAGAUUUUUAGAAUACUGAAACCUCUCUCUCUCUUCUAAAAAAAAAAAAAAUUAAAAUCCCAGGAUUAGCUUCUAUUCUUCUGAAUAUAUCCAACCCACUUUCUGCACAAAGACUGAGGAAAGGCAAUCAGGAUAUCAAUUUUGUAGUAUCUGAAGUUUUUCCAACUGGGCCCACUGUGAAUUUUUUCAAAGAUCAGGUAUGAAAAGACAACCUCAGAGUAACCUGGGAUGCAGUCUUAGAUCCCUGUUUUCCUAAAACAAUUGUUCUGUAGCUGUGGAUCCCUGGUCAAUAAAACUCGGCAACAGAAUGAAGAUACUCAGAAGGGGUCUAGAGGGGAAAGUCAUAUAUGAUGCUGACACUAAGGCUGGCUGCUGCUCCAUGUUUGAGAUGUAAAUUCAGAGGACUGGCUGCAAGCAGCUUUUAAUCAGCAGUGUGUACCUCUGUGCCACCAAGUGCUGAUAAUGCUCAGAUGUGGUCUUGGGUUCAGAAACCCAUCUUUCUGGGAACAUUGAGACUUAAAGAUAACAUCUUUAAGAGAUAACGUGGAAGCUCAGCCUGUGGGAUGUGCUGGAUAGAUCUUUUCGAGUGGCUCAGAAAAAGGCCACAUAAGUUUUGACCCUUUCCGACUAGAAUAUGUAGAAUAAAUGAUACAAAAUUGUCAAAUAAAAAUGCAGGAUCAUGCAAAAUAGCUAAUUUGCAUAACUUGUACAGGUUGCAGAAUUGCAUAUUUCUUGGUUCAGGAUUUAUGCUACCUUGGGCUCAGGGUUUGUUUGUUUUUAAAUACCCAGCCCCUCUCAAUGUUGUGAUCAUACUAGUCUUCCAUUGCAACUGAAGUGUGAAACCAUAUGUGUGUGCCAGGACAAAGGCUCUUGUGGAAGAGUGUAACAUGUCCAUUGUAGAACAGCAAGUUCUCCAAGUUUUAUUCACUGUGCCUUACCUUUAAGUGGUUCCCAGUGGGUUUUUGUUUGUGCAUUUAAAAGUAGGGAGGAAUAUUUCUCAACCUUCAGUCUCAAGAUGCACUCUGUAUCCUUUGUAUUAAUGCUUAUGUUUAACAGAACCAUUACCCUUAACUAGAGAAACACUACUGAGAGCCACUUCCUGUGGUUCCAAGGACCAGAAUAUGGGUCUCUUGCACUGUUACUUUGUUUUGAAUCUGCCCUUUGCCUUUAAGAUAAAACCUCUGUGUACCCCUCAUCUUUUGCUUUUAUUUGUAAAGGUUUGAAAAAAGGCUUCUGUACUGUGUGUGACGUAUUCCAGGAUUCUCGCUAUCAGCAAAUACCUAUGGCUUAUGUUAAAACAAAAAUAGCAUCUUAAUGGGACUUGCAUAUAACAUUCUUUUACAAUUUUGUUACCCUGUUACAAGAUAACAAACUGUGACAACUCCCUUGAUGUGGCAUUUGGAUUUUGUUUUGUUUUUUUAAGCUUUCUUUAAAUAUAUAUAUUGCCAUUAAACAGUCACAAUAGUUUGUGCGUCUAAAUUCCACAGACUGAAAUAUUACAAUAAGCACAUUGUUUUCCUGUAUGCUUUUGAUGUUCUUGUAUGAAAGGAAUACAUGAUUGUUUUUUUAUACUAAGUACCUCUCUUCCUGAUGGGAGCUCUGAAGAGCCGUUUCCCCUAAGACUCAUUUGCAGCGGGCAGUAGUUUAAAAUAUGCUGACUGCUGGUAGAGGACUUGGGUAGGAAUCAGUGAGUAACCAUGUUGCAAACAUACAGUGAGAUUUCCAGUGUAUCGCAGUGAACUGCCAUUUGUACUGCUUUGACUAGAAGGAGAUUUUUCAAGAUCAGUUCCUCUUCCUCCUUGAAUCCAUAACAUUCAUCAGAAUCCUAGUCUUGUUUUUAAUGAGGAAAUUACUAGUCCUCAUGGUAACUAUAGAGAUGAGGGCUUAACAUGUGUCUGCUGAAGCCUGAUUGAGGAGGGGAGAAGGGACCUUAUUCUCACUCCAUACAUACUACAUUUGAUAGUGCCUCCUUCUCUUACUAUUUCACUACUUUGCAAAACACUGUACCUGACCCACAGUAAGUGGUGUUAUCUCUGUUACAUUGUAACUGCAUCUACUGGUGCAGAACUGAGUCUCUGUCCAUGAUCUAAUAAAUUAAUCAAAUAUA